UUGCAAUAAAUGUAAUUGUUUUUUCAGCUUAAUGCAUCUUUUAAUACCAACCCUUUUUCACAUGAAAUACCCUGUUGAAUCAUCAAAAUCAGCUUCUCCGUUUAAUCUUGCUGAGAAACCAAAGACCGUGCAGCUGCUUUUGGACUUCAUGCUAGAUGUCCUUCUGAUGCCUUAUGGAUAUGUGUUAAAUGAAUCCCAGAGUCGCCAAAAUUCAUCUUCAGGACAGGGUUCUUCUUCAAAUAGUGGGGGAGGUUCUGGAAUACCCCAGCCUCCCCCAGGAAUGAGUUUUUAUGCAGCUAAGCGAGUUAUUGGUGAUAACCCGUGGACACCUGAACAGUUGGAACAGUGCAAAUUGGGUAUAGUGAAAUUCAUAGAAGCUGAACAGGUGCCUGAACUCGAAGCUGUUCUCCACUUGGUGAUUGCUUCUAGUGACACACGCCACAGCGUAGCGACAGCAGCGGACCUAGAAUUGAAAAGCAAGCAAAGCUUGAUUGACUGGAAUAAUCCUGCCAUCAUUAAUAAGAUGUACAAGGUAUACCUUGGAGAUAUACCACUGAAGACAAAAGAGGGAGCAGUUCUGAAACCAGAGCUGAAGAGGGACCCCGUCAGUACAAGGGUUAAGUUAAAGAUUGUCCCCCAUCUCCUUCGUUCUAGACAAGCUGCAGAAACGUUCCCAGCUAACAUCCAGGUGGUAUAUGAUGGACUUUUUGGUACAAAUACAAAUUCAAAAUUGAGAACAUUAUCCCUGCAGUUUGUGCAUCACAUUUGUAUAACUUGUCCAGAAAUCAAGAUUAAGCCAUUAGGUCCAAUGCUUUUGAAUGGCCUCACCAAGCUAAUCAAUGAAUAUAAAGAAGACCCUAAGCUACUGUCAAUGGCAUAUUCAGCUGUUGGAAAACUCUCCAGUCGAAUGCCCCAUUUAUUCACCAAGGAUAUAGCUCUUGUGCAGCAGCUUUUUGAAGCCCUUUGCAAGGAAGAGCCUGAGACUCGGCUUGCUAUUCAAGAAGCACUGUCUAUGAUGGUGGGAGCUUAUAGUACUUUGGAGGGAGCACAGCGAACUCUCAUGGAGGCACUUGUGGCUUCGUACUUAAUAAAGCCUGAAGUUCAAGUUCGACAGGUGGCUGUGAAAUUUGCUAGCACGGUGUUUCCCUCAGAUCAUAUACCUUCCAGAUAUUUGCUCUUACUAGCUGCAGGAGAUCCACGGGAAGAAGUUCAUGGAGAAGCACAGCGAGUAUUAAGGUGUCUUCCUGGUAGAAACAGAAAAGAAAGUGCUUCUAAGCAGAUGCCUUCUUUCCCGGAAAUGGUGUAUUAUAUUCACGAAAAGGCUUCCCAUCGAAUGAAAACUCCAGCUAAGUACAUGACUGGGACUACUGUCCUUCCAUUUAACCCAGCAGCCUUUGGAGAGAUAGUCCUGUACUUGCGCAUGUGCCUAGCGCACAGUGCGGGAGUGGUGCCCACCUCCCAGAGUCUGGCUGAUAUGCAGGACCACGCCCCAGCCAUUGGACGCUACAUACGGACCUUGCUGUCAGGCGGCCAGGCGACAUCCUCAUCAUCUUCUUCCAAGAGUGGAGAAACCCACCCUGUUCAGAUCUACAUCGGCCUGCUUCAGCAGCUGUUGGCAGGUGUUGGAGGUUUGCCAGUCAUGUACUGUCUAUUGGAAGCUGUCUCCGUGUAUCCAGAAAAACUGGCUACCAAAUUUGUAGACAAAACAGAAUGGAUAAAGGCCAAGCAGAUCGAACUGCAGUUCACUAUUGGCGAAGCCCUCACCAGUGCUGCCGUGGGAACAAGCUCCGUGGCUGCCCGGGACGCCUGGCUGGUGACGGAGGAGGAAUAUACUCCCCCUGCUGGAGCCAAAGUGAAUGACGUGGUCCCCUGGGUAUUGGAUGUGAUUUUAAAUAAACAUAUCGUCAGCCCCAACCCACACGUGAGGCAAGCAGCCUGCAUCUGGCUCCUUUCCCUUGUGAGGAAGCUAAGUACUCAUAAAGAAGUGAAGUCUCACCUUAAAGAAAUUCAGAGUGCAUUUGUUUCCGUUUUGUCGGAAAAUGAUGAACUUAGCCAAGACGUUGCCUCAAAAGGCCUUGGGUUGGUGUAUGAACUGGGCAAUGAACAAGAUCAGCAGGAAUUGGUUUCUACACUUGUAGAGACACUUAUGACUGGCAAAAGAACUAAACAUGAAGUUUCUGGAGAGACAGUGGUAUUUCAAGGGGGAAGCCUUGGCAAAACACCCGAUGGCCAGGGCCUCUCUACUUACAAGGAGCUUUGUUCUCUGGCAAGUGAUCUUAGUCAGCCAGAUCUGGUGUAUAAAUUUAUGAAUUUAGCCAACCAUCAUGCAAUGUGGAACUCUAGGAAGGGUGCUGCUUUUGGUUUUAAUAUGAUUGCCUCCAGAGCUGGGGAACAGCUGGCUCCUUUCCUUCCUCAGCUGGUUCCCCGUCUUUAUCGUUACCAGUUUGAUCCCAACCUGGGCAUUCGACAGGCCAUGACAAGUAUUUGGAAUGCAUUGGUCACUGACAAAUCAACGGUGGAUAAAUAUUUGAAGGAAAUUCUUCAAGAUUUGGUUAAGAACCUUACCAGCAAUAUGUGGCGAGUUCGAGAAUCCAGCUGUUUAGCUCUGAAUGAUUUAUUGAGAGGAAGACCUCUAGAUGACAUCAUUGAUAAACUUCCAGAAAUUUGGGAAACUCUUUUUCGGGUACAAGAUGAUAUCAAGGAAUCUGUACGGAAAGCUGCAGAACUAGCUCUGAAAACUCUGAGCAAGGUUUGUGUGAAAAUGUGUGACCCCGCCAAAGGAGCAGCUGGCCAGAGAACCAUCGCGGUCCUUCUGCCUUGCCUUCUGGACAAAGGAAUGAUGAGUCCUGUGACAGAAGUUCGAGCCCUCAGCAUUAACACCCUUGUGAAGAUUAGCAAAAGUGCGGGAGCCAUGUUGAAACCACAUGCACCAAAACUCAUCCCAGCUCUGUUGGAAUCCUUAAGUGUACUGGAACCCCAGGUUCUCAAUUAUUUGAGCCUCCGGGCUACAGACCAAGAAAAGGCUGCGAUGGAUAGUGCUCGACUCAGUGCUGCCAAAUCCUCUCCCAUGAUGGAAACAAUCAACAUGUGCCUGCAAUAUCUUGAUGUGUCGGUGCUUGGUGAGCUCGUUCCUAGAUUAUGUGAAUUGAUCAGAAGUGGUGUGGGUCUUGGAACUAAGGGAGGCUGUGCCAGUGUCAUCGUGUCGUUAACGACUCAGUGUCCCCAGGACCUGACCCCUCACUCAGGUAAACUUAUGAGUGCUUUGCUUAGUGGCCUGACAGAUCGGAACAGUGUAAUUCAGAAAUCUUGUGCAUUUGCCAUGGGCCAUUUAGUUCGGACCUCGAGGGAUAGCAGCACUGAGAAACUCCUGCAGAAGCUUAAUGGCUGGUACAUGGAGAAAGAAGAACCCAUCUAUAAGACCUCUUGUGCUUUGACCAUCCAUGCUAUUGGACGGUACAGCCCCGAUGUGCUGAAGAACCAUGCCAAAGAAGUGCUGCCUUUGGCAUUUCUGGGCAUGCAUGAGAUCGCCGAGGAGGAGAAAUCAGAGAAAGAAGAGUGUGACUUGUGGACUGAAGUGUGGCAGGAAAACGUACCUGGUUCCUUUGGUGGCAUUCGGUUAUACCUGCAGGAGUUGAUUACCAUUACCCAGAAGGCUUUGCAGUCUCAGUCUUGGAAAAUGAAAGCCCAGGGUGCAAUUGCCAUGGCAUCAAUUGCAAAACAAACCAGCUCCUUAGUACCUCCAUAUCUGGGAAUGAUCCUGACCGCAUUACUGCAAGGCCUAGCUGGAAGAACAUGGGCAGGAAAGGAAGAGCUGUUGAAAGCCAUUGCCUGUGUGGUGACAGCUUGCAGUGCAGAGCUGGAAAAGCCUGUGCCCAGUCAGCCCAGCACAAAGGAGAUUCUCCGGGCUGUUCUGAAGGAGUGUUGCAAAGAGAACCUUAAAUACAAGAUCGUAGCAAUCAGCUGUGCGGCGGAUGUCUUGAAGGCCACCAAAGAAGACAGAUUCCAGGAGUUUUCUGACAUUGUCAUACCUCUCAUCAAGAAGAACUCCCCUGAAAACACUGGCGUUCGGACAACCAAGAAUGAAGAUGAGAAUGAGAAGGAAAAGGAGCUGCAGCUGGAGUCUCUGCUGGGAGCCUUCGAGAGCCUGGGCAAAGCCUGGCCCCGAAAUGUGGAGACCCAACGUUGUUACCGUUGGGAGCUGUGCAAGUUGCUAUGUGAACGGCUAAAACUGAGCACGUGGAAAGUGCAGCUCGGAGUCCUACAGUCCAUGAAUGCCUUUUUUCAGGGGUGUGAAUAUCUGAUUUUCCUCUUAGAAAAUAAGACCUACUCAUCUGUGAGAACAGAAGCUUUAUCUGUGAUAGAAUUACUGCUUAAAAAACUUGAAGAAUCUAAACAGUGGGAAAGUUUGACAUCUGAGUGCAGAGUGCUCCUAAUCGAGUCUUUAGCUACUAUGGAGGCAGACAGCAGACCUGAGCUGCAGGAGAAAGCAUCAUUACUGAAGAAAACACUU